AUGAUAUAUGGUUCUGCACGCCCUUCUGUUUUGCGCAGGCUUGAUACGGUGCAUCAUUCUGUCCUGAGAAUUUGCUCUGGUGCUUUCCGCACAUCACCUGUAGAAAGCUUAUAUGUCAUCUGCAAUCAAAUGCCUCUAGAUCUGCGACGUCGGAAAUUAAUUGCACAAUAUUAUUUCCGAGUGCAGUCGAUUCCGAAACACCCUGUUAGGCAGUUGUCUCUACCAGUUGGUCUUCGUAGACUAUACGAUGCACGCCAGUCUCACAUUCUUCCCUAUUGUGAGAGAGUAAAAAUUCUGCUGAUUGAUUCGGGACUCCAUGAGACUACAAUUCAACCUAUUAAUUACUUUUCUUUCCCACCUUGGGAUACUCCAAAUUUCUCAUUCUUGAACCCGUUUACGGGAUUUGACAAAUCCACAACAGCACCUAUUAUCUUUCAGAAGCUCUUUCAAGAUCAUCGCAGCCAGUAUUAUUCGUACACAGAAGUAUUCACUGAUGGGUCAAAAUCUAAUAGUCAUGUCGGUAGUGGUGUUGUUUUACCUACUCAGACAUAUAGCUACAGUUUGCCCACAUCAUUCUCUGUUUUGACUGCUGAAUUGGUUGCAAUAACACAUGCCCUUGAAGUGAUUUCAACUUCUUGUACACGCACCUUUUGCAUCUACACUGACAGCAAGAGUGCUUUGGAAUCUCUUUCCAAUUUCAGUUAUUUAAUGCAUCCGGUUGCUUUGGAAAUCCUGGUUUUUCUUCAAUCCCUUGAAAACAAAGGGUUCGAAAUUCUAUUCUGCUGGGUUCCGAGCCAUGUCGGAAUACCUGGAAAUGAAAUGGCAGAUGCUGCAGCAAAAUCCUCAAGCACUUUUCAUGAGCGAGCGCUUCCGCAUGGCGAUGCAAAGACAUGUUUUGCUCGGCACGUUCACAUGUUGUGGCAACGAUCUUGGGAUCAGCAGAUUUCUAAUAAGCUGCAUUCUCUCCAACCAAUGAUUUGCUUAUGGCCUACCAUUCCAGUGCGUGGGCUUGAUGUAAAAUUGGUUCGGCUCCGCAUUGGUCAUACACGAUUCAGCCAUAAACACCUUUUAUUUGGUGAACCAUGUCCAAAAUGCACGACAUGCCAUACAGUUUUAAGUGUACGUCAUGUUUUAAUCGAUUGUCCUGCUUUUAAUAAUCAACGGUUACGAUUUUUUAAUACAGUGUCUAUAGACAUUCUUGAACUACUGGGUGAGAAACCUCACUCUAACAUUUUUAAAUUUCUGCAGACCAUUGGUUUGAUGCAUUUUAUUUAA